CCUAUACGAGGUCAUAUCUUCCAACUGGGUCUCCCAAAGAGGUGAAAACAGUUGUUUACAAUCUCUGAAAGAGUGCCCCGCAAGUUCGGCAGAUCUAAAGCCGCAUGGAAUCAAUCGCAAGGCGAAAAUGUGUGCGAAAAAAUUAAAUAUCAUUCCACGAAGUAAUUGAACCACAAAGAAUGUCGCAGAACUACCAAGAUCCGUUUAUUACGGUGGUAUCAGUGGGUACCGAUACGAAAUCGCAGAGAAUCGCUGACGGUGCUUCGGAAUUCGUAACCGUCCUCACCAUUGGCAACGAAGAAAGCAAAAUCAUCAAAGAUGUAACCGAAGAAGUUAUCGUUUAUCGACUUCCAGGAGAACGACUUGGUUUCGGAUUGAAAUUCGAAGGAGGAACCAAAGCUCACGAGUUCGUCAAGCGGUUAUUUAUCCAGUCCUGCGCUCCCGAUAGUCCCGCGUCCAGAGUACAAAGUUCUUGGGGUCAGUUGGUCGAAGGGGAUGAAGUUUUGAAAAUAGAUUCGGUGCCAGUUAACAGUAUGACUAGGAUAGACUGCGUCCGACUUUUAAAAGAGUCCAACGUGGCCAUUAAGCUUUUGGUGAAGCAUUCGUUUAAUGUGAAGGUUCCGGAAGAUCUUCCUGUGAUUGUUAGCGAAGAAAAAAAACCACCGCCGGUGCCACCUCGGAAAAUUCACCGGAAACUUCACAAGAAUCACGAAAACAGCGCCAUAGUGCCCACCAAUAAACAACAGGAGUCUUUGAUGUGCAAAGGUGCGAGGCUGCAGUCUCCACGGAAUAGCGGGCGGCGAAAAUAUUCCCCCGAUGUUUGUCGCCGUUUGUCGGAAGGCAAUCCUCCAGAUGCUGAAGUGUAUUUGGAUUUAUUUUCUCAAGAGUCGACUCAAAGUUUAAGCGAAUCCGACGAUACUGGAAGCACUAUAUCUACCGUGCUGGAUAGGUUCGCAUCUACAACGUCCAGUUUUGCUGGUAGUUUACCGUCGACACCGACAAGCAUUCAAAAACAACUCGACCUUUCUUAUAUCGUCAACGAAUUUGAGGAAGACGAUUACAAUAUGCCGAAUUUGGACAAGAAAAUAGCGUUGAUAGAAGAGAACAAUAACAUAGUCGAUGGUGCAGAUCAUUGUCGCCAUUCCGGAUGCGAAAUGGAAGAGAUGUGUAUCGAAAAAUCUCCUGAUACAACUAAAAAGCCAAUUAAAACACCAAGAUCGCGAGAUAAAGUGAACAAACAUGUUGCAGGCGAGGGUAAAAGCACUUUGCCUAGGCUGGUGGAUUUUGUUCCCAAAUCGUCGAACAAAUCCGAUAUGGAAAGCUCAGUGGAUACAUUGAAAAGGUUUUUAGAGUGUGAGAGAUUCGACUUUGAUUAUUCGAUGAACGAAUGCGUCGAAGGCGACGAUCUGGAUUUUAUAUCCAAUGGAAUGGAUCUCUUCGGCACUAAGUGGGUUAUGUCGUCCCAUCUGUCAACGAUAGGGGAGGAUGAAGAAGAGGGAGGACAAGAUAUUUCUUCUAACUUUGGUGGGAUAGCAUCCGUACCAAAAGUAACAGUGGAGAGUUCAGAACUAAAUACGAUGGAAGAAAAGUCCUUAGAAAGUGACAACCAACGCAUCACGUCCACAGAAUAUAAAUAUAAUCCGGACCUUAUGGAAGUUCUACCGAGUGAUUCACGCCAACCCCCGGAUGGACAUGAGUUUCCGGAUUUCAUAGAGACGUCAAACAAUUUUAAAGAAAAACCCACCGAACCCACCGGUAGUUUUAACUUUUCAUGGAACGACUUGACUCAAAUAAAACCGGUUCCAUUAGAUAGAACCAUAAGCAGCUCCAAUUACGAUUUGAGGCAAGAUAUGAGCGAGUCUGAGGAGGAGAAGUUUGAAACGCCGAAAACCAACUUACUUCACACGAGAUCUCAGAGUUUAAUAGAUAUGUCUAUAUUUUCAAAGGAGAAACACUCCAAGUGGAACACUUUAGCCGAGCAGAGGAAACGGCGUUUAUCCAAACUGAAAGGAUUAGUGAUCCCAGAGGCAUCUGAAAAUGAAAUCACCCCUUGUGAUAUACCUGAAAUCAAAAAUUCCGGCCCAACGAUAGUUCUGUCAUCCAAAUCCGAUAUCAGUGUUGACAAUUCAUCCAAGCCAAUAACGAGAGACGUGCCUUUGGUGCUACCGUCUUGGUCGACCACUACGGUUCCCAAAUAUUCUCCAGCUUUUAAAAGAAAAAGUCUUCAGGUUUAUCCAUCACCCAUCAGAAAAAUAAGCAGCGAAAGCAUCUACGAAAAUUACUUAAACACCAAGUUUCUGGAUAAUAACGGCUCCAGGACAACCAACGAUGAUCCAAAAUCUCUCGAGAGUAUCGCAUCUCCUACAAGGUCUGAUUGCAGUUUCGAUUACGUAAGCUCGAGGAAAAUUGAUAAAUUUAAAGCCCAAGAUUCCACCAAGCACGACGACGAGAGCGAUAACGAUUCGGCCGUUAGUUCCAGCCAAUCCAGUUACAACUCCAGGUGUUCACCACCUCUGUCGCCCACAUCCGACGAUAGGUUGAACAACCAAAACCGCUUGUUGAAACCAUUUAGCGUCGAAGCUGUUAAUAGAAAAAAUAUUUUGGCAUCGGCAAAAUGUAGUAGCGGUAAAGAUCUAAAAAUAGGUUCGCCUGUAAUCCAGAGAAAGUACGAAGAGGAAGAAAAAGAGGUGAAAGAAGAGGUGGAAGUCGUCCAACAGUAUCAAGUCGAACCAGCGAUCCCUGUUGUAUUGAAAACUGCUAAUGCGAUCGCAGUUAAUGGCGAUGAAGAACAAACGGCAACCAUGACCAACACAUCCGAAGAAGUGCCAGAACCAGCUCAACGAAGUAUUACGAUGUCAUCUCCAAAAGGGAAAACCGAAAAUAUCGGUGAAAUUAGAAAAAGCGUUUUAAGCAAAUAUAGUUCGAGCAAUAAUAAACGGGUAAACGUAAAAAGCCUCAAGGAGAAUUUUGAAAAUGCCGCGGCCAAUUCUCUGCCAGUAUUCCCAAAAAAUUUCGUUACAACUGAGAUUAGAACGCGACCUGUGAAGGCGAAUUCUAAGGAGUUAGAAACAAAACCGUUAGUUGAACUUCCAAAACCGAUCCCAGCCAGAAGGCAGACGCAAAAUAAAGAGAUUUCGGGAAAAAAAUCAGAAGAAAACCCAAUAAAAAAAGCGGAAAAAGAAAUCGUCACUCAGAAGACGCUUCAUUUGAAUCGGGACUCCAUAGAAACCCAUUUAGGAAUUAUUUUGGCAGCUGGGGGCGACUGUCAGUUUAAAACUGUUCAUCGAAUUAGGUAUGGUAGUGUGGCUUAUCAGGACGGAACUUUAAAAAAAGGGGACAAGAUCUUAUCCAUAAAUGGCCAGAGUACGGCCGAUCUGAGUCAUGACGCAGCUACAGAAUUGCUGAAGGAGCCAUGCAUAAGUUUUACGAUCGUGUAUGAAGAAUUAACAGAAGUGGUGCCAUCCAAUUUAUCUAGGAGAUCGUCAUCUUCAAUGACAUCUUUAUCUGCAGCCCUCGAUGUGGAUGCCAAAAUCGUAACGAAAAGAGCAACACACACGGUGGGGUUAAUUAAGGAUGGGGCUGGACUUGGAUUCAGCAUAGAGGGUGGUAAGGAUUCCCCAAAAGGAGAUGUGCCAUUACUUGUUAAAAAAAUAUUUACUGGAGGAGCGGCCGAUAAAUGUGGAGAAUUGCAUGUAGGGGAUGAAAUUCUUGCCGUAAAUGAAGUCAGCUGCGCGAAUAUGUCUCGUAUGGAAGCUUGGACGCUUAUGAAAAAAAUACCGGAAGGGGCUGUAAAAAUUCAAAUUUAUAGAUAGGAAAAACGCAACCGCUUCUUGCCAAAAAAAUUUAUCAGUGGAAAUGUUAUACUUCGCCUGCCGUUAGAACGUUAUAGAUAUAUUUUAUAUUAAAUUUUGUAUUAAAUUAUUUAUGUAAUUUAUAAAAUGAAUGUCUGUAUAUACAUAUGUUAUAUAUAUAUUGCAUUAUAUUAUUUUAGGUACCUUCGUAAUUGGGUAAUAUAUUUUUGUAUUACAACGAAAGUUUGGGUAGAUUGAACUUUCAUUUUUGGAAGCCCAGUGAAACGGUGUGAUUUAUUGUUCCCAUCGCUUAACGAAUGGCUUAAUAGCAACAGAAAAUUAUAAAUUUUUGACAUUAAUAAGACGCAAAAUAAAAACGCCCUCUGUUUAAAGGUUUUUUUAAAAAUAAUUUUUCAUUACAUUGAGCCUCGUGCUGGCGCCAUCUACGGGAUGCUAGAAAGGCGUGUGUAUUUCCAUUGCAAAUAGUGCCAUCUGUAGCAAUAACGUAAGAUCGACUUAGUCU